AAAUAUUUGAAUAACAUUUAAAAUCAGGAAUCUCGAAAUAAAGACUUAACCACUAGUUUUAUAUUAAAAAAAAAUAUUUUGACAGCUGAUGAUGCCAUUUGACAUUUCACUGUUGACAUUGACAAAUGACAGUUCACAAUUGGCUGUCGGGGUGUUUGUACGUGGUACGGUGAAAUAAAUUGCAAAAUAUUAUAUAUUGGUUUUUUUUUUGCAAAAAAACUGUUGAAAAUUUUAGAAUAGUAAUAAUUUUACAAAAUAAUUCAACAUGAUUUCUGGACGUGCAUUACAUUUUGUAUUCAAAGUCGCCGACAGGACGCUCACAGCGAAAUUCUACCGGGAAAUUCUCGGAAUGAAAGUACUCCGUCAUGAGGAGUUUAGCGAGGGCUGUGAAGCGGCAUGCAACGGACCUUACGCAAACAGAUGGAGCAAAACCAUGAUUGGUUACGGUCCGGAAGACACACAUUUUGUGGUGGAACUCACCUACAACUACGGUAUCACACACUACGAAAUGGGAAACGACUUCCAAGGCCUAACAAUCCAAUCAAGUGAGAGCUUGAAGAGGGCAGCGGCAGCUAACUGGCCGAUUAAAGAACAGAACGGCUUGAAAUAUAUUGAAGCUCCUGGAGGCUACAAGUUCUAUAUUAUCGACAAACCACAGCCUACCGACAAAGAUCCCGUGAUCAAGGUGGCUCUCGCUAGCUCCAACUUGGCGAAGUCGAUCGCCUACUGGAACGGUCUUCUCUCGUUGAAGAUCUUCGAAAAGACUGACAAAUCUGUGUUACUUGGCUUCAGCGAGGACCAAUCCAAACUUGAACUUAUAGAAAUCGGCGAACCAGUGAACCGAGCGAAGGCCUACGGCCGUAUAGCCUUCUCCUGUCCCUUCGACCAGCAGCCACUCAUAGACCAGAAGAUCCAAGAGGCCAAGGGCAAGAUUCUCACUCCACUGAUUUCCCUCGACACCCCAGGCAAGGCCACCGUCCGCGUGAUCAUCCUGGCCGACCCCGACGACCACGAGAUCUGCUUCGUCGACGACGAGAGCUUCCGCCAGCUGUCCCAGGUGGAUCCCAGGAGUGACGCCGACUUGGACAAGUUUAUUAAGAGCGACAAGUCCAGGGCGUAAUUGUGAUAUUUGUUUUUAAGCUUGCGAGCGCAUAAAGUUAUAAAACUCCCCGAAAGCUAUUAAAAAUGCGGUUAUACUGUUUUUACCACAAUACACUAUGUCCAUCGUAUAAUAUGAUGCAUGUAAAAACAUUUAAUGUAUUUUGAAUGUAUUGUCUAUAAUCCGCAUGUUUUUUUUAAAUUCGUAAUGGUAAAACAAUGUUGCUAAUGGUCUUCGGCAAUGGUAGUAAGUCUGGAAAUGUUGGUGCAUAAGCAUGAUUCAUGAAUAAGGGUAACAUUGGUAUAGCGGACCUAAGGCUGUAUUUAUAUGCGUCCUCCCGAAGCCGCGGCUUGGCCGCUGCACCCCGAGAUCACAUACCGCUAGCAAAAUUUAAUGUAUGUAACGAUUUAUUUAAAUAGCGCUGUCAUUUACAUGCAUUUACUUGUGAACCGCGCGGUUGGGCGGAAGCAUAUACAUUAUACAGCCUAAGUACCAUCGAGGAAAUUGAUUC